AUGUGUCUCGAACUCCUUUGCAACUGUGGUCACAGCAUCAAGAAAAGCUGCCCAGAACCUAAUCUCAACAAGGUCAACUUCGAUAACGUCCCGAUCCAAGCCCUCAAGUGUCCCGGUCAGCCCCGCAGCUACGUCCGAGUUGAUGACCCAUGUUACAACUGCGUCCUCGAGAAUACCAAGUCAGAGGUCAUGGUGAAGGGCCGCACCGUGGUUGGAUUGAAUGCGAACGACUACGGCGUUCCUAGCCAGGGUUACUAUGCGAACAACACCUAUGGUCCUCGUCGUGGCGCCGUUGAUUUCGGUCAAGGCAACAACGCUGGUAACUACAACAACUAUCCCAUCGGCACUCAUAUUCGUAAUGAUGGUGGUCAUGGCGGUGAAGCCGGCGGACUUCUCUACCCUUCGUCCCCAUUGAUCGGACCUGACGACAGAGCCAGCACUCCGCGUGCCACGUUCAACCCCGGUUACAACAUGCCCGGUCAUGGACCAUUCUCGGGUGGUAACGGACCUGAAGACAGAGCUAGCACUCCGCGUGCCACGUUCGACGCCGGUUACAAUAUGUCUGGUCCUGGAUCUGACUCCAGCGGUAGCGGAUCUGACGACAGAGCCAGCACUCCGCGUGCCACGUGCAACCCCGGUUACAACAUGCCCGGUCAUGGAUCAUUCUCGAGUGGCGGCGGACUUGAAGACAGAGCCAGCACUCCCCGUGCCACUUUCACUCCUGCUUACGACAUGCCUCAGGCUGGUCGUGGUUCUAUCUCAGGUGGUAACGGACCUGACAACAACGCCAACGCCCCUUGCGCAACCUUCUCCUCCGGUUACAACAUGCCUGGUCGUGCAACUAUCUCGGGCGGUACCGGACCUGGCAACAACUUGAAUGCCAACGCCCCUCGCGCCAACUUCGGCCCUGGUCACAACAUGCCUGGUCGUGCGUCUGUCUCCAGUGCAAGCGGCUUUCCUGUCGGUGGUUACAUGACAACUCCUCGUGCUGGUCCAGGCACCAUGGCUCCUCCAACCCCCGGUCGUGGCUUUCACAACCGCAAUCGCAGUUCCCUCAGCCAAGUGACCUUCCCCGACUACGGCCCCAUCGGUACUCCCGUUGCCAGACCAGGACAUGGACCCAUGCAUCAAGUUACUCAAUCAGCUGGACCUGCACGUGGCCGUGGUGGAUUUGGACAUGGACGCAUGGAACAGACCAACAAUUCUGUUGGGGUCAUUGGAAGCGGACGUCGCGUCUCCUUUGCUGGGAUCAAUGUCUACUCCCCUCCAAGCGUCUAUUCUCCUCCCAUGUCCCCCAAUGACGAUUGA